GACCUCGCACGAUGGCUCUCGUCGCAGCGAUGCUCUGCGCGACGCUCGCAUCGGGCUUCGAGCCGCAGCGCUGCGCGCGUCGCGCCGCGACGACGCGCCGCGCCGCGACGUCCGACGCGCAGCUCCUCGACGCGGCCUGCGAGGCGGCGCGCGCCGCCGGCGCGCUCAUCCGCGGCGCGUCGUCCGCCGGCCGCGCCGUCGCGCAGAGCAAGGCCAACGCCAAGGACCUGCUCACGACGACGGACGUCGCGUGCCAGGCCGCCGCCGCCGCGGUGCUCGCGGCGCGCGUCCCCGAGAGCCGGCUCCUCGGCGAGGAGGACGUCGCGCCCGGCGGCGACGCCGCGAGGCGCGCGGCGGAGGCGGCCUUCGCGGGCGACGGCGUCGUCUGGGCGCUGGACCCCAUCGACGGCACCGCGAACUUCGUCGACGCGAUUCCGCUGUCCGCCGUCUCCGUCGCGGCCGUAAAAUGCCGGUCCGGCGCGGCGCCCGAGGUCGUCGCGGGCGCCGUCUACGACCCGUCGCGCGACGAGCUCUUCGGCGCCCUGCGCGGCGCCGGCGCCUGGUGCCAGCGCGGCGACGGCGCGCGCGCGCCGCUGGCCGCGUCGCCGAACGCGCUCCGCGACGCCGUCGUCUACGCGGGCGCGCCGCCGACGGCGCGCGCGCUGGACCCGUCGCUCCGCGGCAUCGCCGCCGUGGCGCCCAAGGCGCGGACCAUGCGCCUCCUCGGCUCCGCGGCGAUCAUGCUCGCCUACACGGCGGCGGGGCGCGGCGCCGCGUACUUCGAGUGCGACCUGGCCGCGUGGGACACCGCGGCCGGCGCGCUGCUCGUCGCCGAGGCCGGGGGGCUCGUCACGGACGCGGCCGGCGCGCCCUACGGCCCGCUGACGCGCCAGAUCGUCGCCGCGGGGCCGGGCUGCCACGCGGAGCUCCUGGCGACGCUCGACGCCGUCGGCGGCGCGCGGCUCGACGACUAAGGGCCGGCGCGGUUGAGGU